AUGGCCGAAGCUCCAAAGCCGAGUAGCAGCGUCAAGCUGGUUCUUCUGGGAGAGGCAGCCGUUGGAAAGUCGUCUCUUGUAUUGCGCUUCGUCAACAAUGAUUUUCAGGAAAACAAGGAGCCCACAAUCGGAGCCGCAUUCUUGACACAAAAAUGCAACCUUCCCACGCGGACGAUCAAGUUUGAAAUUUGGGAUACAGCAGGACAGGAGCGCUUCGCCUCGCUAGCUCCCAUGUAUUACCGCAACGCACAAGCUGCUCUUGUUGUCUACGAUCUUACCAAGCCUACUUCGCUCGUCAAGGCCAAGCACUGGGUCGCCGAGCUACAGCGACAAGCCUCGCCUGGUAUUGUCAUCGCACUCGUUGGAAACAAGCUCGAUUUGACGAGCGAAAGCGCCGAUGCAGAGAGUGAGGAGUCUGGUGAUGCCAGAAAAGUGUCAACAGAAGAGGCUCAGACAUAUGCCGAGGAGGAAAACCUGCUGUUCUUCGAAACGAGUGCCAAGACUGGACACAAUGUGUCAGAGGUCUUCACAGCCAUUGCAAACGCCAUUCCAGAGACUUCUUUGAAGAGCACAAGAGGACCAGGAGCAGCGAAUGCUGUAAGCCGAGGUGGCGAGGAGCAAAGAGUGAAUCUCAAUGGCCCAAGAGAAGCCGUCAAGGAAGGUUGCGCAUGUUAG